CUGGCUGGGAAUUGCGGGAGGAGUGCCCAGGCCCACUGGGGACGUCCCUUCGCGUUGGUACCCCAGCGGUCUGCUGUUCGGCCAGUCAGAGGGACAUUGGGUUGUGGCACGUAUCCAGCUGCUCCCCACGUGGAGGGAAGACCCCCCUGGCGCCUAUCAGCCUGGCCUCUGACCUGGGGGCAACCAGCCCAGGUCUACCCCGUGCCCAUCAGUCAGGGGGCAGCCAAUUUUUAACUAGACACAUUGAUUAUUAACAGGGCUAGGAAAGAGUGCAAACUCAGUCUCACUUGGGGGCAGAGACAAGCUGGGCCUCGGGCCUCCUGCAGAGAUGCUGGGCCCCCGAGUCUGGUCCUCUGUGAGGCCAGGGCUGAGCAGGGGCUUAUCCAAGAAAGUGGGGAGCUGGCCCUCAGGGGAGGGGAGGAAGGUAGACAUUGCGGGCAUCUACCCUCCUGUGACCACCCCCUUCACUGCUACGGCAGAGGUGGACUAUGGGAAACUGGAGGAGAAUCUGCACAAAUUGGGCACCCUCCCUUUCCGAGGCUUUGUGGUCCAGGGCUCCAACGGGGAGUUCCCCUUCCUGACCAGCAGUGAGCGCCUGGAGGUGGUGAGCCGUGUGCGACAGGCCAUGCCCAAGGACAAGCUUCUGCUAGCUGGCUCUGGCUGCGAGUCCACUCAAGCCACAGUGGAGAUGACCUUGAGCAUGGCCCAGGUUGGUGCUCAUGCUGCCUUGGUGGUGACCCCUUGCUACUAUCGUGGCCGCAUGACUAGUGCUGCCCUCAUUCACCACUACACCAAGGUGGCUGACCUCUCUCCAAUCCCCGUGGUGCUGUACAGUGUUCCGGGCAACACGGGGCUGGACCUGCCUGUGGACGCAGUGGUCACACUCUCCCAGCACCCAAACAUCGUGGGCAUCAAGGACAGCGGUGGUGAUGUGACCAGGAUCGGGCUGAUUGUUCACAAGACCAGGAGGCAGGAUUUCCAGGUGUUGGCUGGAUCGGCCGGCUUCCUGCUGGCUGGCUAUGCCGUGGGAGCUGUGGGGGGCGUGUGUGCCCUGGCCAAUGUCCUGGGGGCUCAGGUGUGCCAGCUGGAGCGACUCUGCCUCACAGGGCAAUGGGAAGAUGCCCAGCAGCUGCAGCACCGCCUCAUUGAGCCAAACACUGCGGUGACCCGGCGCUUCGGGAUCCCCGGGCUGAAGAAAGCCAUGGACUGGUUUGGCUAUUACGGAGGCCCUUGCCGGGCCCCCUUGCAGGAGCUGAGCCCCACGCAGGAGGAGGAGCUGCGCAUGGAUUUCACCAGCAACGGCUGGCUCUGAGGGCAAGGAAGGGACAGGCUGGCCUGAGCCCACCUCAGCUGCUGCCUGGCACCUGCCAUCAAAAGAGGAACAUGGCCCGGAGGGCCAGGGGCUGCUUUCCCUCAUCAGCGGCCUUUCACCAGGCGCUGCCUUGCACACUCACUUCCUAUUCUCACAGCCCAUGACUUCACGCACUUGUGUCCUAUACGCUGGGUCUCUAGAGACCUUCAGGAGGGCAGGAGUCAUUUCUUACAUGUCUCUACUGUGCCAGAGGGGAGAAGGUCAGGGCCCAUUGAGCACAGAAAGUCCGUGACUCUUAACUCAAGAGAAGACAACUUAGUCUUGGGAACACAAACUUGAGUCUAGCCCAGAAGCCAGGGCUACUCCAGGGAACCAGACUUCUGACUCCUGCCCAGGAAGUGCUAGGCUGGGAAACCCCAAGAGAAAAGCAUUGUGGGAUUUUGAAAGACUCCCAAGCUGCAUUCCAGCCAUAGCGCCCUGUCUUAAAUCUAUUUCCAUUCUUCUCAUAUUCUUGUCUCUGCCCUUGAUCUUAACCACCCAGUGCACAGACACCCUGUGGCUUGCCAGAACUGGUAAAUAAUGACACCUGCUGGAUAAAUGUUACAUUUUGGGAGACUCUUCUGGCUAACCCAGGUUUGGAGCACUAGGGAAGGACUUGGCCUGAUAGAGGACCAACCUUUCUCUCACCUAUAGUUACUCUGCUUUUACUGUUAAAAAAAAUUACUUUGU